AUGUUUUUGUUGUGAUGUCGAAACUUCGAAGUGUUCAAAUUUUUACUGAUUUCUCUGUUGAGUUCGUGACGUAAGGUGUUGCCGUGGAAUCUGGUAACUAUUGGAGGUUUUUUUUGACUUUCUCUGAAAACAAACAAACCCAAAAAUAAAAAAAGUUUUUUCUUUUAGAAUAGUUUCUAGCUUUCAAUCUUCUACUUUUGGGAGGAUACGUUUUUCUGCAUUUGGGUAGACAUUCGCAUUUUUGUUUUUCGAUUCUGUCUCUAAAGUCUCUUUUGCAUUUUGAAAUUUGAAGUCUGAGAUUGGGUUUGAGUUCUAAAAAUUUUGUAGAGUCUUCGUGGUUGAUGUUGGAAGUGGCAUUGUUUGAAGUUGUUUGUCGGAUUAGGGUUUGGAUCAGAAGGGGUUGUCUGAGAUUAUACUGAUUUUUUGGGAAUUUGGACAAAGAUAUAGUGGAAACCUGAGGAUUUACAGCCAAUGGUAGAUUGAUUGCGCAGUAAUGUCGAGGAUUGCAAAGUGGAAGCUUGAAAAGACAAAAGUAAAAGUGGUAUUUCGGCUGCAGUUCCAUGCUACACAUAUUCCACAACAUGGCUGGGAUAAGUUAUUUAUAUCUUUCAUUCCUACGGAUUCUGGAAAGGCAACAGCAAAGACAACCAAAGCAAAUGUGAGAAAUGGGACAUGCAAAUGGGCAGAUCCAAUCUAUGAAACUACAAGACUUCUCCAAGAUGUCAAAAGCAAGCAAUAUGAUGAAAAGCUAUACAAAUUUGUUGUGGCCAUGGGUUCUUCACGCUCUAGCAUCCUUGGUGAGGCUAGCAUCAACCUUGCUGAUUAUGCUGAUGCGCUGAAGCCUUCUGCUGUUGCACUGCCUCUUCACGGAUGCAACUCUGGAACUAUAUUACAUGUCACAAUCCAGCUGCUAACUUCUAAAACUGGAUUCAGAGAAUUUGAGCAGCAGAGGGAACUCAGAGAGGGAGGAUUGCAGAUGGGCACUGAUAUGAACAGGCAGGACAGAUCCAGUUUUGGAAAAAUCUCAUCUUCAGAAGAGACUGCCAAUGAUCAGCCAGAUAAGGUCAAUGCAAGAGUUAGAUUCAGGCCAGAAUCCAAAGACCUACCUUCACUAGAGGAAGAGGUGGGGUUAAAUGAAGAAUAUGCAGACUCUGCUGUCGGAUUUGAUGGCUCAUCCAAUACUUCAGGAAGUUUAUAUGCUGAAAAGCAUGAUACCUCUAGCACACAUGAAAUUGAUAGCCUCAAAAGUACAGUAUCUGGUGAUUUAAACGGAUGUUCCCAUUUUGAAAGCCCUCAAGCAGAGAAGGGCGAUCCAUCUGAUCAUAGAAUUUUGGCACAGGGAAGCAAUGAGUGGGUCCAAGGCUGGGGUUCAGAUUAUUCCAUGGAUAAUGACUUGGCAAUUGCUUAUGAGGAGAACAGUAGACUUAGAGGAAGCUUGGAAGUGGCUGAGUCUUCUAUUUUUGAGCUUAAGCAGGAGGUAAGCUCUUUACAAAGUCAUGCCGACGAAUUGGGUGUUGAAACAGAAAAGUUCGCCCAGCAACUUGUUUCUGAGAUUGCUUCAGGAGAAGAACUGGCAAAAGAGGUUUCUGUGCUGAAGUCAGAGUGUUCAAAGUUCAAAGAUGAUCUUGAACAAUUUAAAAUUUUAAAAGUAAGCCCUCAGUCCUCCAGAACAGAAAGUAGUGGCACAGACAAGGAUUACUUAUUUCAAGAUAUACAGCUCAGACAGCUACACGGGCUUUUGUUAGUCGAGGAUAAGAUAAGGGAGCUUCAUAAGAAAGCAUACCUUGGUUUUCACGAAAGAGAUGUCAGGUUCCUUCACUCAGACUUGGAGUCGUUGCUCGGUGUUUUGCAGGAUCUCAAACAGGGAACUGGAGGAGCAAUUUCACUGCUAAAUUCAGUACCAUCAGAAGGACAAAAUGUAAAUGAGAUUAGAGAAACAAGUUUUCAGGAAAGCAAACAAUUUGUGUUAGAAACUGGGUUUGACAUGGACUUGUAUCAGCCAGACAGUAUGCCCCAUUGCUUAAGCAUUGGUGGCCUUGUGUCUCAAAAUCCCGACUCUGUAGAUGCUACCGAUGUAAUGAAGAGCAAAUCCUUUGAACUUCUGAGGGAGUUGGAUGAGGUGAAAGCUGAAAAGGAAAGCCUUGCAAGAAAGAUGGACCAGAUGGAGUGCUACUAUGAAGCUCUCAUUCAGGAGCUUGAGAUAAAUCAGAAACAAAUGCUAGGAGAGUUGCAAAAUCUCAGAAGUGAGCACUCUACUUGCAUGUACACAAUUGCUACCAACAAAGCUGAGAUGGAAUCCAUGCAGCAAGAUAUAAAUGAGCAGAACUUAAGAUUUACUGAAGAGAGAUGUGGCCUGGUUUCCAUUAAUAAGGAGCUUGAAAGAAGGGCUAUUACUUCGGAAGCAGCACUAAGAAGGGCCCGCUUGAAUUACUCUAUUGCAGUGGGUCAGUUACAAAAGGACCUUGAUCUGCUUUCUUUUCAAGUUUUGUCUAUGUUUGAGACGAACGAGAACCUCGUUAAGCAAGCAUUUUCAGAAACUUCACAACUGUGCUUCCAAGGGUACCCAGAUAUAGUGCAGAACCAAAAAGGAUCCAAUGAUGCUGAACUCUUGCAAAAUGUGAGGGUAAAGAAACAACUGUUGGGUGGAGAUAUUCUUUUAGAGGACUUGAAAAAAUCGCUUCAGAUGCAGGAAGAACUUUACCAGAAGGUUGAAGAAGAACUUUGUGAAAUGCAUUUGGUAAACAUACACUUGGAUGUGUUUUCAAAGACUUUACAAGAAACUUUGCUUGAAGCAACUGCUGACAUUAUACUUAUGAAAAAGAAAAUAGAUGAACUUGCACAGCAGUUAGAGCUUUCAGCUGAGUCCAAGGAGUUGUUAAUGCUAAAUCUGCAGAGUGCCAUGGAUGAUGUCCAGAACCUGAAUGAGGACAAGUUUAGUUGUAUUGCCAAGUGCAAUGAUAUGGUUCUACAUAAUCAAAUUUUAGAAGCAAAAUUAGAAACCUUUUCCGAUGAAAAUUGUCUCCUUACUCGGAAGAUUACAGAAUACGAAGAGCUGAUGAGAGAAUACAGCAGUUAUGAAGGCAAAUAUGAGGCUUGUUCUGCUGAAAAAACAGAGCUAAUGUAUUUAUUAGAAAAAGAAACACUGACAAAUGGCAAUCUUCAACUAGAAAUAUCCUCUUUGAAUGGAGAUUUAAAAACUGUUAAAGACGGAUAUGAUGAGCUGGCUUCUUUGAAGGAAAAUCUGCAGAAAACUGUCAAUUUUCUGCAAGAUAAAUUGGGGAGUCUGUUGGCAUCUUAUGACAAGCAAUUCAAUGGACUGUCUCUCACGAGCAAUUCUGUUCCCCAGGAUUUGGAUUUUAAGGAUUUCCUGGGUGUCUUCAUGCAAUUGGAAGAUAUCCAGCAUAAUGCAUGUGAAAAGAUUCUUCAACUCAUGGAAGAGAACAAAAAUCUGGAGGAUGAAAAAGAUAUUGCUCUAAUGUCCUUAAGUACUGCUAAAGCGGAAUUUCUAGUCUUGAAGCAGAACUUCAAACAUGACAUACAGGAUAUGAUGACUAAACUAGGCAUGGCUAAUGCUGUUGUGGAAAAACUACAGUUGGAAGUUGAAGCUAUUGUUUACAAACUCCAUUUUAGCUCAGAAGCUGAUGAAAAAUUUGCAAAACAGAACAAAGAGCUUUCUGCUGACCUUGCUCUUUUGGAAGUUGAACUUCAACAAAUCACUUCUAAGAAUGGGGACCUUGCUCAAAAGAUUUUGGGCUUGGAUGCUUUAACUGAGGAACUUGGAAGGAGUAGGUUGACCAUUUCUGAGUUAAUGCAGGAAAAACAAGAUUUAAUGUUAUCUUUGCAAGAUAAAACUGAAGAGUCAGUCAACCUGUCAUCUGAGCUUGAUAGUUUGAAUGUUGCUUUAAGAUCUCUGCAGGAUGAAUUGCAUGCUGAGAGAAACGUCAAAGGUAAUCUAGAGGGUGCAGUUGCAGGUCUUACUUCCCAAUUGAAUGAGAAGCAUGACCAAUUGCUACAGUUGGAAAAGCUACAGUUGGAAGUCGAAGCUAUUGCUAACAAACUCCACUUCAGCUCAGAAGCUGAACAAAAAUUUGCAAAGCAGAACAAAGAGCUUUCUGCUGAUCUUGCUCUUUUGGAAGUCGAACUUCAACAACUUACUUCAAAGAAUGGGGACCUUGCUCAAAAGAUUUUGGGCUUGGAUGCUUUAACUGAGGAACUUGGAAGGAGUAGGUUGACCAUUUCUGAGUUAAUGCAGGAAAAGCAAGAUUUGAUGUUAUCUUUGCAAGAUAAAACGGAGGAAUCAGUCAAGCUGGCAUCUGACCUUGAAAGUUUGAAAGAAUGUUUGAGAUCUCUGCAGGAUGAAAUGCAUGCUGAGAGAAACGUCAAAGAUAAUCUAGAGGGUACAGUUGCAGGUCUUACUUCCCAAUGGAAUGAGAAGCACGACCAAUUGCUCCAUUUCUCCAAGCAGAAAACCGAGGAACUUGGAAGGAGUAGGUUGACCAUUUCUGAGUUAAUGCAGGAAAAGCAAGAUUUGAUGUUAUCUUUGCAAGAUAAAACGGAGGAAUCAGUCAACCUGGCAUCUGACCUUGAAAGUUUGAAAAAAUGUUUGAGAUCCCUGCAGUAUGAAUUGCAUGCUGAGAGAAACGUCAAAGAUAAUCUAGAGGGUACAGUUGCAGGUCUUACUUCCCAAUUGAAUGAGAAGCACGACCAAUUACUCCAUUUCUCCAAGCAGAAAACUGAACUGGAUCAUUUCCGGCGACUGGCAUCAGAUCUAGAGUUGGAUAAAUCUAGAGUCUACCAUCUUUUGCUGCAGCGUGAGGAAUGUCUGGAAAAGCUUCAUGAAGAAUCUUCUUGUCUUGCAGAUUUCGAAUUUCAGUUAUUAGAAAUGCAUGAACAUUUAUUAGCUUCAGAUGUUGAAGUCACUUUCAUUAGAACUCAGUAUGAAACCCGGCUCACGGAGCUCUCUCAGCAACUUCAAACCUCAGAUACUCACCUUUCUGAGCUUCGUGAGAAGCAUCUUGAUGUAGAGGCAAUGGUAAAUCGCUGUCUCGCUGGCGAGGUGCAUCAAUUCGAAGAAAAUGCAAGGUUGGUGACAACUGUUGAAUCCAUGAGAUCCAAGCUAUCAGCCUCUGUUGGUCAAAAUAGAGUCCUUUCAGAUUCAAACAGUGUUAUAAUGGUUCAAUUGGAAGAAUACAAGAAUAGGGUGGCAACAUUGGAGGCUAGUUCUUCUAAGGAUAAAAAUCAGCAUGCUUUGGAGUUAGAACAGCUGAAGUACUUGCUGGUGAACUCUGAAAAAGAGAUUGGUGACUUGAUGAGCUCCAAGGAAGAACUGGAAAUCACAGUGCUAGUACUCAAAGCGAAAUUGGAUGAACAGCUUGGUUACUUAACCUCGGUGAAAGAGUAUAAUGAUGAACUAGUAAUGCUGCAGAACCAGUGUAAGGAGCUUACCCACAGGCUCUCUGAACAGAUCCUGAAGACAGAAGAAUUUAAGAACUUAUCCAUCCAUUUAAAGGAGCUUAAAGACAAGGCCGACACUGAAUGUCUCCAGGUUCGUGAAAAGAGAGAACCUGAAGGACCACCAGUUGCUGUGCAAGAAUCAUUGAGAAUAGCCUUCAUCAAAGAACAGUAUGAAACCAGGCUGCAAGAACUGAGGCACCAGUUUUCUAUUUCCAAAAAGCAUGGAGAGGAGAUGCUAUUGAAAUUACAAGAUGCAAUUGAUGAAAUUGAAAAUAGGAAGAAAUCUGAAGCUUCUCACAUAAGGAGAAAUGAAGAGCUAUCGGUGAAGAUCUUAGAAUUGGAGGCUGAAUUAAAUUCAGUUGUAUCUGACAAGCGAGAAAAAGUCAAGACUUAUGACCGAAUAAAUGCUGAACUGGAAUGCACAAUAUUAAGCCUUGAAUGCUGCAGGGAAGAAAAACAAAAGCUUGAAGCUUCAUUGCAAGAAUGCAUUGAGGAGAAGUCUAGAAUUGCAGUUGAACUUAAUUUGACAAAAGGACAGUUGGAGAGUUCUGCAUCUCCCACAAAUAUGCAGAAGGAAGAAAAUGGUGGAUCAGACAAAGUGGGGCACAUGUCUGGCAAGCCAUUUAUAGGAAUGGUUUGCCAGGAAAAUCCAAUUGCAGAUACUCGAUCCCUUGAAAUAAUAGAUACAGAUGUUACUCGAAAUGGUUCAACUGGAAACCAGUUUCCCAAGUACUCAGAUCAAGACAAUUUGAUAAACUAUGAAGAAGUAGAAGAUGCAAGCUCAGUUCCCAUUGGCGGCGGUGAACAUUCAUCUGCACCCAUUCGGGAUGGUUUAAUAUCAAAAGGUAUGCAUGGAAUCUCAAAUCAGGAUUUUCUAGAUCGAGGGGCCCUGCUGCAUGGUGACUCGAAGCAUUUAGCUGUUAUCAAUGAUUAUUUCAAAGCCCAGAGUUUGAAGUCUAGCAUGGAUCACCUACAUGAAGAGUUGGAGAGGAUGAAAAAUGAGAACUCCCUUCUGCAGGAUGAUCAUCAUUUUGGCCCAAAAUUUGAAGAUUUGCGGAGAGAAAUGAUGCAGUUGAACAAGGCCAAUGAAGAGUUGGGAAGUAUGUUCCCUUUGUUUAACGAGUUUUCGGACAGUGGGAAGGCAUUAGAAAGGGUACUUGCUUUGGAAAUUGAGCUUGCUGAAGCGUUGCGGGCAAAGAAGAAAUCAAGCAUUCAUUUCCAGAGUUCGUUUGUGAAACAGCACAGCGAUGAGGAAGCAGUAUUCCAAAGCUUUAGGGACAUCAAUGAGCUCAUCAAAGACAUGUUGGAACUCAAGGGAAGGCAUGCAGCUGUGGAGACCGAACUCAGGGAGAUGCAUGAUCGUUACUCUCAGCUAAGCCUCCAGUUUGCUGAGGUUGAAGGAGAGAGACAGAAACUUCUGAUGACACUCAAAAAUGUUAGGGCAUCGAAGAAGCCCAUGCAUUUGAAUCGCUCUUCAUCAGCUACCCUCGGGGACCAUCCCUCGUAGGCACAGCAUUUUGUCUUCAUGAGUAUCUUCUUUGCAAAGUCCUGGAAAUCAUCCUUCACCAGCUUCAGAUGUCAAUGUCCAGUUCCUGCAUGUAUCUAACGCUAUAAAUUAAUGUUGGCGUACAUGCCGGACUGACCUACUGCAAUUGGAAGGAUCAAGAAUUCGCAAGCUUGGUAGGGGAGGUCAGAGGCUAAGACACAAGUUUUUUGUUGUAAAUAAUAAAAGUGCUUGCCAAAUAGCCACUGGCUUUUCAGUACAAGAUGUAGAUCUCUGUAAUAUUGGGACAUUUUCCCUCCUUUUUAUCUAUUUCCCCCCUCCACCUCUCCUUCCCUCCCUCCUCUUGACCUUCACUGUUGUAGUAGUUCCUUUGUAUAGAAAUUAAAAUAUUCCUUUGGCAUCAUCACUUCUAUUUAAGCUCUUGCAUUCUGCUUUCUUCAUA